CAGCCAGGUUGAUCCAAGCUGCAGAGAUAUGUAGGGUAGGUUUGACAACUAUCAUGGAUACUUUACAGGUCAAAUCGGAUCAAAAAAUGACAAUUCCACCAGUGGUCUGUUUGUGCUUCACCAUGAUAUUCGGUGGUAUCGGUGCCGACUUGGAGUUGCAGUUUGGUCUCAGCCAAGCCGGAGCACGAGGCUUGGCCCGCGCCUCCGACCGGGCCCGAGUCAUGCCGACUCCGUUGUCAACUGCGACAUCAAAACCUUGUUAGCGAUCCUUCAAUUUGAAACUAUUUAUAACGUGGUCCAUAUCCUAUCGCUUCAGAUUCAGAUAAGUAAGCCAUAUCGAUAUCCUAUCACUGAUAAGAUAUUCUCUUGUUUCUUUCUUUUCCCGUUUUAUGGAUCAAGUAUUGCAUAUUCUUCUUGCCAAGAUCUUGGUUGAGUAAGCAUCCUAUUACCACGCGUAUCAUGCGUUUUCACCAGGCGACAGUUGCGGCCAUAGAUCUUGUUUAUGUGUCCUCUGCAGAUAAAUUGCUGCAGUUGCUUUCGAAAUGGUUGAUGCCUAGAUGCUCUGUCCACGAAUAUGUAAACACUUGUCUUCAAGAUACAGAACUCGCAUCCGAGACACGUGUACCAACUCCGCAGUUGAAAGAGUCAGGACCCUCAAAGAAACCGUGUUCAGUUUAAGAAUCAGAAUAAAAGUCGUCAUUGUGCCCAACAAAAGACACUUGCCUCUAUCACGAGGGUCAAGUCUGCAUUCAGGUGAUCAGCUCUUUUGACUCGAGACAUAUUUCUCCAUUCGUAGCACCUACUUUCAGUGGGUCACUCACUAAGCCAUCACCGUCACGCGAAAAAAGUGCCCGGCCCCCGCUCGCGGGAGUUUCGGCGCCCACUUCACCCCUUAGGUCCAUUUUCAGCUCAGCCCAGCUUCAACCACUAAACGUUACCUAUCUUCAAACUUAUUCUAUUACACCUACAGGAAACCUUUUUUCUUCUCUUCCUCACACCUCUCGGAGACAAUUACCCUCUUCUCCGUUGGUCAAACCCUCGCUCACAUUCAGCUUUAACUGUCGAGUCACGCACGAGGUUUCACCUCGGAUUGCAGUCAUGUUUGACCUUUUCCCUAUGCUCUUAUCUUCUGUCGCAUGUUAUCUGUUUCCUAUCUUUGCAUCUUACAAAGCGCUCAAGACACAUGAUCCCACCCAGCUGACGCCAUGGCUGAUGUACUGGGUCGUGCUCAGUUGCUGUCUUCUCGCCGAGUCUUGGGUUUGGUUUAUUGUCUCAUGGAUUCCGCUUUACGGUUAUUUCCGUUUACUAUUCCUCCUCUACCUUAUCCUCCCACAGACACAAGGCGCUCGACGUCUAUACGAGGAAUAUGUCCAUCCUUAUCUUGAAAAGAACGAGACGCAGAUUGACGACUUCAUCGCAAGCGCACAUGAGCGCUUGACUGCUGCCGGAAUAUCUUACCUCAAGCUCGCUAUUGAGCAGUUCAAGGUCAAGGUCCUUGGUCUUCCACCAUCCGAACCCGAGUCGCCUCCUCCCGAGCCUGCGCAAGGCUAUACACAGUCGCUUCUGUCACGAUUCAACGUCCCUGCUGCACGAUGGGCUGGUAACAACAGCAGCGGCACCGACUUUUACAGCCUGCUCUCCAGCGCUGUGGCAGCUGCUACCAACGCAGGUGGACAGUCGGCUGGUACGAGAACAGUUGGAGGUGAGGCCACAAACUCGGGCGCAUUGAUCCCACCGCAUCUUCGCGAGUCUGGUGCCAGAAUGGACUUCAUCUCGGCUCAGCGCGAUCGCUUAAAUGUCCUGAUCUCGGCACUUGAUCGGGAGGCCCAGGAUCUUCGUACCGAAGCCCAGCGUGCCCAGACAAGCACAGGCUCUCGCCGCGAUCCCAUGGCCUACGGAGGUUAUGAUAAUAACGAGGAAGAUGAACCUACCCAGCGACCACCUAGUGGACUUAGCGCAUGGAGUGGUAUUAGCAAGAGCCGCAGCGAGACCGAUUUCGAGAGGAUCGACGCGGAGACUAGUUCGGACGAAGACCAUCGUCAGGUGCGCCGAAGAAACCAGGGAGCUGGCACUAGAAAUGCAUCAGGCUCAUGGGUUCCUUGGGGAUGGGGCGGUGAUGCCGCAUCAGGAGGCGGAGCGAGCGCCUCCGGAAGGGAAAGAUAGAAACUCCAUUCUGGGAGGUGGGUUUUGAAUGAUCAUGGGUCUUACUAAGGUAGAUAUGGUGUUUUUUGACAUGGGCCCGUUGAUAUUCGGCGCGAUAACUGCCCCAGUACAUAUCUAUAAAUGGGAAUUGGUGUACAUGAGCUCGUUCUUCUUUUAAGAUGACCCUAGAUAUUGGUCUGAUGAUUCAUGAUCCAUUCAUUUUCCUCUGAAGUACUACAGUAUCGCUCCAUGCGCCAAAGCCAUGCGUCUAAUCCAUCCAUAUCAUACAUUGAAAUAUUCACCCCGAGAUUCUAUACAAAUGUAGUGCAAGGAAGACAUGACAGUGUCUAACAAAACUUGUAAGGGUAUGUUGCCUCGGCGACACCCUUCUUGAAAAAGAAAGUCCUCUUCUUCUUAGUGAUCGCGUGCUCGACCCAUUUUUCCUCUAUAAAAUGCUUUCUGAACCAGCGGAUGUACACAGGAUCCCAGAGUUCAGAGGCGAUACCGAGAUCCUUGCAGCAACGCAUCAGGGCGUUGGAUUUGGCACCCUCAAUGGCGGCGGGGAUAGAUUCGGGGCUGAAGUAGUUGUUGUAGCCCUGCGAUUGGGAGACCAUUCUGUUCUUGUUAGUCAAUGAUGAUAUUGGAAAUUGGUUUACUAACCGGCCGUUCACGAUGAGAGCGUAUUCACGCGUCACGAUCUGGUUACCGACAACAACAUCCCCACGAUGGACCAUUCCCCAAGCCAUCGGUCCAAACGCCUCAUUCAGCCGUCGUCGGUACUUGACCUCUGGCAAGUAGAUGAUACCAUCGGGCUUGACCUCCACAUCUGCAGCAUCAACUGGUCUUGCGAGAAUCUCAUUCUGCUCAGGAGUAACAGCCUUCACACCAAGGCCAUACCAGCUCGUCUCCCAAUUGAUGUGCUCUGUGUUCUCCGUGUCCGUCUCGCUAGUCUCGCUCAGAAUGCUCUUCGACACUGCAACAGGCUUGUGUGGACUCUCCAGCUUAGGACUCUUGCUGCUCGCCGUGGGCUUUGCGGAAAAUGUCUUGGGCGCAUAUGUAGACUUUGCAGGUGCAGGUGUAGAUUUUACAGGUGUUGACUUCGCGGGCGCAGUUGUAGGUGCAGGUUUAGCUCUGGGAGUGUAUUUCGGCUUUGUGACAACGUCUUCUUGCUUCACUUGUGUAACAUCUUCAUCAGGCUUUUGCAGCGUCACGUCUGAUGCUUCGGUAGCGUAUCGUGCAAUUGGACGAAAGGAGGUGGGGAGUCUUCGGGCGGCGAAGAGGGCGCGACGAGGGACGAACAUUGUGGGUUGCUAUGGGGAGUUGGAUAUGGUGAGCCUCAAG